CCUGACGUCAUUGUCAGCAUAUUGCUAGACGACCAUCAGAAAAGCCUCUCCUCUGACUUUCAAAUCUCGUUUUCAUCGAUCCGCCUUCGUCAUGGGAACUAACUCCAAGUCUGAAGAUGAAUGGCGUGCCAUUUUGUCUCCACAGCAGUUUAGAAUCCUCCGUCAGAAGGGAACAGAGGGACCCAACACAGGGGAAUACAAUCACCAUGACACGUCAGGCGUGUACAGCUGUGCUGGCUGUGGCACACCACUAUACAAGAGCAGCACGAAGUUUAACAGCAGCUGCGGAUGGCCUGCUUUCUUUGAUGCGAUCCCUGGUGCCGUUAGUAGGCACGAAGAUCGGUCGAUGUUUAUGACGAGGACAGAGAUUACCUGUACCGCAUGCGGUGGUCACCUCGGGCAUGUGUUCAAAGGAGAAGGAUACGAUACGCCAACCGAUGAACGACACUGCGUGAAUUCGGUCUCGCUGAACUUUAAGGGGGAAUAAAGUUUUGGUUGCGUGAACAUCAUUAGAACGCAGAUACAACGUGUACCGUUAAUGGCCGGUGAUGCACUGU